UGAUAGGCAAAUAACAGAGAAGGCAAUAAGCAAGUCGAACAGCAGUCGUUGUAAAGUCGUCUGAACGAAGAGAAAUACGUUCCAAGUGAUUCUCCGUUAUUCUAAUUUUUCUCAUUCUCUUUUUCCGUGAUUUCUCCUGUUGUUCUUUUUUAAUUUUUAUUUUUAUUUAUUUAUUUACUUCCCCCCCCCCCCCCCCCCCAAGAAUUAAUUCAUCUCACGGGUUAGUCUGUAUUCUUCCGUGAUUUUGAAAAAUGCUUCCCAGAAGGCGAGUCGUCGAGCUGCUCCAGGUUAUUUCGUCUCAAUCAUGCAGAUGUCCAGCCCAUGGAAAUCCAGGAGGUAUUACGCCAAUAAUCGAACAGAGUAAAGUCCGUAGCACUAUAGCCAAUUCGAUUCCAUUAAAAGAAUAUGCGUUCGAGAUGGCUUGCUCGACUGUUCGUUAUGGCAUCGGAGUUACAAAAGAAUUGGGACACGAUAUCCAGAAUUUAGGUGCGAAGAAAAUUUGUUUAAUGACCGAUCCAAAUUUAAUCAAUCUUCAACCAGUGAAAUCUGCGAUCGAUAGCUUAGCUAAGCAAGGAAUUGAGUUUGAAGUUUACGAUAAGGUACGAGUGGAACCUACGGAAGAGAGUCUUCAGGAUUCUAUAGAAUUCGCAAAACGUGGAAAGUUCGACGCCUUUGUUGCGGUCGGAGGUGGAUCAGUGAUGGAUACGUGCAAAGCUGCAAAUCUUUAUAGCAGUGAUCCCAAUGCUGAUUUCUUGGAUUAUGUUAAUGCACCAAUAGGAAAAGGAAAACCAAUUUUAGUCAAUUUGAAAGCGCUCAUUGCGGUACCAACGACUACGGGUACAGGUUCAGAAACUACCGGUGUAUCUAUCUUCGAUUAUCGGCCUCUUAAGGCCAAAACUGGAAUUGCAAACAGAGCUCUGAGACCUACCUUAGGCCUUAUCGAUCCGAAGCAUACAUUGAGUUUACCGCAAAGAGUUUGUGCUUAUUCUGGCUUCGAUGUACUUUGUCAUGCUUUGGAAUCGUUUACAGCAAUACCAUACACGGAAAGGACACCAUGUCCUUCCAAUCCGAUUCUGCGACCAGCUUAUCAAGGUAGCAAUCCUAUUAGCGAUGUAUGGGCAAGAUAUGCGCUGCGAGUAAUGUGCAAGUAUUUUGAGAGAGCAGUAUAUAGAGAAGACGACCUCGAAGCUAGAAGCAAUAUGCAUCUAGCUAGUACCAUGGCUGGUGUUGGUUUUGGAAACGCUGGUGUCCACCUUUGUCAUGGUCUUUCUUAUCCCAUAAGCGGUAACGUUCGUAAUUUUCAACCCGAGGGAUAUAGCAAAGAUCAUCCUAUCGCACCUCACGGUCUCUCCGUUGUUAUCUCGGCGCCAGCUGUUUUCUCAUUCACCGGCAGUGCUUGCCCAGAAAGACACCUAGAGGCCGCAGAAUUAUUAGGAACGGACAUUAAGGGAGCAAAACGAGCGGACGCUGGAAAGAUUUUAGCUGAUACCGUAAGAAAAUAUAUGCAUGUAAUGAAGGUAGAAAAUGGUUUGACAGAACUUGGCUUCGAGAAAGAAGAUAUUCCUAUUCUAGUGCAAGGAACUUUACCUCAGCAUCGGAUUACAAAAUUAGCGCCACGUGAACAAUCAGAAGAGGAUCUAACGAAAUUGUUCGAAAAUUCAUUCACAAUUUAUUAAACACGGAUGCCUUCUCAAUAUCGUACAUCAUAUUUUCGUAAUUUUAUACAUUGUUAAUAAAUUGUCACGAAUAAAAAAGAAACCAUUUUUGCA